AUGCCUAUUACCAUCCAACAACGCCCGGCCCGGGCACUAGAAUACAAACAUAUCAUGCACAACGGGACCACCAACAACCAAACCAUACAUAAAAAAAGAAAGGCAGUAUCGUCAAAAAUCCAUUUCCUACAACCGUCUCAGUCCAGUCAGUCCAGUCCAGUCCAGUCCAGCGCAGACCAGUUCAGUCCAGUUCAGUCUAUCACCACCUGUGAUGGGACAAGCAAGACAAACCCACCGCAUGGCAUCGGCUUCGGCUUCGGCAUCGGCUCGCUUCUCAUCACCCAACCCAGCGUGCAAUCCCUCCAGCACAAAACCCCUGCAUCACUAGCGUGGGGGGCCAAGCCAUAUGGACACAAACACCAGACCAAGGCGACUCAAAAUUGA